CAAACCUUGACCUAAAUUCCAAAAAUCCCUAUCUACUCCCCCAUUAGCAAAGCAUCGGUGCCGCUCCUCCCCGUCAAAGAUGCAAACUGCCGACCCUCCACCAACUGAAAGCAGGAAUCUGCCGCAAGCCACGCUCCACUCAAUGGAAGCAACAAUCUGCCGCUGCCGCUUCACCUUUAGACCUGCCUACAGCCUACUCGCCGCUGCUGCUCCGCCUUAUGCCUACUCGCCGCUGCUCCUCCGCCUUCUGCCUACUCGCCGCUGCUCCGCCUUCUGCCUACUAGCCGCCGCUCCUCUGCCUCCUGCUUACUCGUCGCCGCUCCUCCGCCUGCCUUCCUCCCGCUCCUUAGCUCGUGAAUAUAAAUCCAACUCCCGAGAGCAAAGAUCUGGAUAAUCCGGUGUUUCUGGUUUGGUAAUACGGAGUAUAUGUAUAUAUACCACCAACUCAGGUUCUUUGAUGUUUCUCGUUUCGUUUUAAGAAAUUCAAAUCUUGCGUUUGUUUAUCUGAAUUCUAAAAUCGUAAUUAGCUUAAUAUGUACUCUAGAUCUUUACUUUCUGAAUAGUUAGCUGCUUUGUGAUGUCCUAGUAGAUCUACUGCAAGUGUUAAAUUUAUAAAAGGGGUGAUUUUCUUAUUCUUUCUCUGUCCUUUAUUUUUUCCUAAUUAGUUGUGAGUUGUAGGAGUGAAUGAUUAUCAUUUUCAACUUUACCUAGUAAGAAAAUUUAAUUUGAGAAAACAUCUAAAUAAAUUAGAUUCAAUUUCUUGGGCUACUCAUUAUAAACUUAUUACUACGUAUAUCAUUAAUUUAAUGAUAUACUUGUUGCUCACUAUCAACUAAAGUGAGCAUGUACUAAUUGGUUUUUUUUUAUGUUAAGUUUCAGGUUUACCAGAACGCCAUAAAAGAUGAGGCAUCAUCAAUGAAUGAAAUUGCUAAACUCCUGAAUACAUGAGCCGAUAUAUGUUUGUGAUGAUUUAUUGUAUCUCUGUACAUACAUCAAUAAUGUAUCUUUUGGGAUGAUUAUAACUUUUGUUGUAUUGAUUGUGUAACUUUUUUUAAUAUUUGAUAAGUGAUAUUGUUGGAAAUAGUUUUUUU